AUGACCUCCUACAAGGAGAAGAAUACAGAAAAUUCCUACAAACACAUAUUCUCUCAUAGUUCUCAUAUUUUAGCAUGGUAUCAGAGCAGCGAUCUUGAAAUUGCUGACUCUAGUUUCCAACCGCCGCUGCCGCUAUGGGGUUUGAUGAUUUUUUUCAACCCUCAUGGAGGAUCCUAUUUUGAUGACCUUGAACCCGAUCCUGAAUCAGGCUCCUAUUUUGAAGACCCCAAAUCCAAUCCUGAAUCAGGAUCUUAUUUUGACUACGCCGAAUCCGAUCCUGAAUCAGGAUCCUAUUUUGAUGACUACGAACCUGAUCCUGAAUCAAGAUCCUAUUUUGAUGACCCUGACCUCAACUACGAUGAUGACCCUGACCUCGACUACGACGACGAUGACCCCGACUCCGAUGACGACCCCGAUCCUGAAUCUGUCUAUGAUUUAGAUCUAGAUCCCGACUUCGACUCCGAUCCUGGCUCAGGCUUAGAUCCCGAUCCGGAUUCCAACUAA